ACAACUACUGAUUUUUCGAAAAAUUGAAUUGUUUGUUGAUUGAUGCCAUUUUUUGUAACGUCCACUUCUCACAAACUAAUUUUUAAUUAAAAUUUGCUCUUCAACACUCUCUGCGGUAAGUUUUUAAUUUUGCAUUGCUGUUGGUGAUUAUUAUGCAAGUGACAAAAGUGUGCAUGAAAAAUCAUAUGAACAACUGAAUCUACCGAGCCACCUAAAUUAGAAAUCAUGGACCUUUCAUCUGUCGAGGACAUGACAAAAAAAAUGACGAAUCACGAAGCCUAUGGCAAUGGUUACGAAUGGGGCAAAGAGGAUUUUGAACUUGGAGCAUCUUUGGGUCGCGGCAAAUUCGGACGUGUCUAUCUUGCUAGAGAAAAGAAAUCAAAAUUUAUGGUUGCGAUGAAGAUCAUGUUCAAGUCCGAACUGGUUGGUGGCCGUGUAGAAAAGCAAGUUUUAAGAGAAAUCGAAAUACAGUCACAUCUCAAACAUCCAAAUAUUCUACGACUGUACACAUGGUUUCACGAUGAACGACGGAUUUAUUUAGCGCUUGAAAUUGCGUCUGAAGGGGAAUUAUACAAACAUUUGAAGAGAGCACCGAUGGGCAGAUUUGAUGAUCAUCGUGCAGCCAAAUACACAUAUCAAGUGGCGAACGCAUUGCAUUAUUGCCAUUUGAACAAUGUGAUUCACAGAGACUUAAAGCCGGAAAACAUCAUGCUGACAGUUGGUGAUGACGUAAAAUUGGCUGAUUUCGGUUGGGCAAUACACGCCGUAUCGAACAAACGUAGAACCAUGUGCGGUACAUUGGACUACUUGCCGCCAGAAAUGGUUGAAGGACAAUCGUACGAUAUGUCGGUCGAUCAAUGGUGUUUGGGUAUUUUGUGUUACGAAUUUUUGGUAGGCAGUCCACCAUUCGAAGCGGCUGACACGGAAAAAACAUAUGAAAAGAUCAAGCACUUGAACGUUGUGUACCCGAAACAUGUUACGACAAAGGCUAGACAUCUCAUUUCGAAGUUGCUGCAAAAGGAUAAUAAAUCCCGAAUAACACUGGUGGAAGUGAUGCAACAUCCGUGGAUCAAAGAGAAUAUGGUUCAUCCGGGACGUGGAACCUACGUUACGUCGAAAUAGUAAUUUUUGUGUGUCACUUUUUAGCUCCUCGUUUAUUUCGUAUCAAUGUCUUCAAUUUAAGAUUUUGAUUUUGAUAUUCAAUUUUUUAAGCUAUGCAAGUGGCUCGGCUACCUAUAAUAGUUUGUUGAUGAUGUUCGCUAUUAAUCAAUUCGGAAAUAAAAAAAAUGUUAACAUAGUCU